AUGCGCAACUUACGGAAUACACGUUAUGAUCAGUGGGCGCCUCUCGGCUCGUUUAAUGGGAGGACGCUGAGUGCUGCGACUUGGGACCUCGCGAACGACUCUGUGCUGUGCGCCUUUGGACCAACCGAAAACGAGCCUGUUAUUGAGCUGGUCAGGAUUACUGCGAAAUCAGACUCUUAUGAACACACAAGCAUCACCUCGUGGGAUGCUCCAUGUCCAAAUCCAGAUCUGGCAUGCGACGAGAUAUUGAGCCUUCACUAUUUCGCAGACAGUCUGACAGCAUGUUUGGUCCUCGCCGGCGGCGACAUUACGGUCGUUAGAGAAGAGCCUCAACCUGGAGAGGAUCGGAUUGAGAUUGUUGGCUCGGUCGACGAAGGAAUCACGGCUGCAAAGUGGUCACCUGAUGAGGAACUUCUGGCCAUCACCACCAAAGCGAACACGCUUGUGUUCAUGAGCAGAAGUUUUGAGGGGGUCACUGAUGUUGCUAUAACACCAGAGGAUCUCAAAGCUUCAAACCAUGUCUCGGUCGGCUGGGGAAAGAAGGAGACCCAGUUUAAGGGCAAGGGAGCAAAAGCUAUGCGAGACCCGACUAUGCCAGAGAAAAUCGACGAGGGGGUUUUGAGCUCGAACGAUGACUCCAGAGCUAGUAUUAGCUGGAGAGGUGAUGGUGCAUAUCUCGCCAUUUCGACUAUUGAAGCUGCGACUAGACGAGUCAUUCGUGUUUACUCGAGAGAAGGUGUGCUUGAUAGCGUCAGCGAGCCAGUGGAUGGUUUGGAGGGCGCCUUGAGUUGGAGACCUGCAGGCAAUCUCAUUGCAGGAAUCCAAAGAUUUGGUGACCGAGUCGAUGUCGUAUUUUUUGAGCGCAACGGCCUCAGGCAUGGGCAGUUCACGCUUCGACUUACCCCUGAGCAACUGCAAAGAUCCGAUGAGCACAUUAAGCUAUCCUGGAACUCUGAUUCGACGGUACUAGCUGUAUUAAUGUCUGAUCAUACACAAUUAUGGACUAUGGGCAAUUACCACUGGUAUUUGAAGCAGGUUAUCGGCAACGAGACCUUGCUAGCAGCCAGCCCUCUGGUCUGGCACCCAGAAAAGCCCUUGCAGCUUCUGACAGUAGGCCCAGACUCUGUAAGCAUAAUCGACUACGUUUUCUAUACAGCCCGCUCUUCGACCGCACCACCAAACGAUCAUGGAAUAGUUGCUGUUAUUGAUGGCAAAUCCAUCGGAAUCACACCUAUCCGAACAGCAAAUGUUCCUCCCCCUAUGGCUUUGCAUGACCUCGAGAUACAAUCAAAUGCUAUCGAUGUAGCUUUCAAUUCAGAUGCAUCACUAAUUGCCGUCCUCCACCAAGAUGGAAUCUCGGUCUUUAAAUGGAGUAGCGUCGCUGUAUCUGCUGCUGCUCCGGAGUUAACCGGCAGAGUGACUUUCCAGAGAUCGAAUUUUUUGAAAGCCACAUACCAGCAAGUCACGUUCGCGGGUGAAAACCAAGUACUGGUGCUCCAAAGAGAUGAGACAACUCAAAAAAUUGUCCGGUAUGGCUUCAAUGAUGAUACUGGAAGGAUGGAGGAAGUGCCGUCAAACGAUCGCCCUUCGUCGGUCAUGUUUACUUUAUCAAGCUACUUCAAAGACGGACUGGCACACCCCUUCGUCCAAGACAGAAAGGGAGAAAUACACAGUGUUGUCGCUGGAGAUCACUCUCUAUCUCACUGCAACUCUCCCUCGUAUUUGCCCUGGGUUGAGAUUGCUGCUGGCGAUGACGAGAUAGCCUUUGGCCUAUCUAGCAGUGGCCAUUUGUAUUCAAAUUCCCGAUUGCUGGUCAAAAAUUGCACAUCCUUUCUUCUCACUCCCGCCCAUCUCGUUUUUACAACUACUACACAUCUUCUCAAAUUCGUCCACAUCACCAAUGUCAAUGAUCUCGAAGUUCCUCCCGAUAAUCCAGAAAUAGACGAGCGAUGUAGAAGUAUCGAAAGAGGAGCUCGGCUUGUGACAGCAAUGCCAACAUCUCUCAAUCUCGUCCUGCAAAUGCCUCGGGGUAACCUCGAGACCAUCUAUCCUCGGGCGAUGGUAGUUGCAGGAAUUCGGAAGCUCAUCGAGGAAAAGAAUUACAAGCGAGCUUUCACUCAUUGCAGAACGCAGAGAGUGGAUAUGAACAUUUUAUAUGAUCAUGCGCCAGAGCAGUUCUUGAUUAGUGUACCGCUAUUCAUCGACCAAGUGAAGAAGAUUACCUACAUCGAUCUCUUCCUGUCUUCACUUAGAGAGGAAGAUGUCACCCAGACUAUGUAUAAGGAUACAAGAGCUGUCCGACAUCUUGCUAAAGACAUUUCGAACACGAACGGUACGACUGGUAUCACAUCUGAAACAACUUUUGGAAAAGUCUCCAAGGUAAAUCGGAUCUGUGAUGCAUUCCUCGAAGUGCUGAAAACUCGAACCGCCACAAAUCUACAAAAUAUCAUCACUGCAAACGUAUGCAAAUCGCCUCCAGCCCUUGAAGAUGGCUUGCUGGUUGUUGCUCAACUUAUGCAAGACGAUUCAGCUAUGGCUGACAAGGCCGUCGAGCACAUCUGCUUCUUAGCAGAUGUCAACAGACUCUACGAUAACGCACUCGGCCUAUACGAUCUAGAUCUCGCUCUCCUAGUUGCACAGCAAUCACAAAAGGAUCCCCGAGAAUACCUCCCCUUCAUGCAGACCCUCCAAGAAAUGACCGAACUCCGUCGACGCUUCAGCAUCGACGACUACCUCAGCCGGCAUACAAAAGCUCUAACACACCUCCACGCUUUAGACGCCUUCUCCGAGCUCCAAGCCUACACCCAAAAGCACGCUCUCUACCAAGCAGCCCUCUCCCUCUACCGCUACAAACCUACCCAACACGAUUCUCUAGCUCUCCUUUACGCCUCCUACCUCGAAACGAAAUCCUCCUUUAAAGAAGCAGCACUCGCCUACGAAUCACUGCACAACUACGAGAAAGCCACCUCCUGCUACCUCGCCUCCGGUCCCUCUUCCUGGCGCGAAACUCUCUUCUGCGCCCUCUCCCAAACACCUCCUCUCUCAGGUCCAAGCCUCACAGAUCUCGCAACCUCCCUCUACGAUGCCCUGCUCGAAAGCAAAGACUACUUCUCGGCCGGCACCAUUCAGCUUGACUACCUCUCCUCCAUCCCCAACGCCUGCCGCGCCUACUGCAGAGGCUACUUCUUCUCCGACGCCCUGCACCUCCUAGCCCUGAAGCAGCGUCCGGAACUCCUAGAAGAAGUGAUCGACCCCGUUCUAGGUGAUGCGCUCGCCUCCUCCACGGAGCUUCUCGCCGAAUGCAAAGCGCAGCUCCACGCCCAAGUCCCGCGCAUCCGCGAGCUGCGCGCCAAAGCCCUGGCGGACCCACUGGCCUUCUACGAGGGCGAGAAGGGCGGCGACGGCGACCUCCCCGACGAUUUAUCUGUAGCUGCUAGUUCCAGAGUGAGCACGAACCGUAGCUUAUUCACACGCUAUACGGGGAAGGGAAGCCAGGGGCAGAGUAUCGGGACGGCCGGGACGGGGGUGAGUCGCGCGACGAGCAAGAACCGGCGGCGCGAGGAGCGGAAGAGAGCCAGGGGCAAGAAGGGCAGCGUGUACGAAGAGGAGUACCUGGUUGCCAGCGUUGGGCGUCUCAUAGAGCGAGUCGAGAGCGUGAGGGGAGAUGUUGGGCGCCUGGUGACGGGUCUGGUGAGGAGGGGGAUGUGGGAGCGGGCGAGGGCCGUGGAAAGUGCGCUGGCGGACGUGGUGGGCAUGUGUCAGGCGUGUGUGCCGGAGGUGUUUGGAAUCGGCGUGCCGGCGGUGGAGAUGCUGCCGGCGGUGGAUGAGAAUGUGUAUCGGCCUGUUGGGGGCGAUGCCGUGCUGGCGGAGAGUUUGGACGCCGCGGGUAAGCGUAAGGAGGCGCCUGAUAUCAAGGCGUUUGAGAGGCUUUCUCUGCUUGGGAAUUAG